AUGUGGCGCGAUAGAACCAAUCUCUUCAUUUCAUAUCGCCAGUCCUAUUCACAUCAUCCUACCACCAAAAAGUCCCGAAUCGCAGGAGGCUUCGCCGACAAUGCCGCCGAAUCAGAGGAAACCAGAGGACUCAUGUCCGCUGGUGCUUUUGACGAUGGAGAUGCCGUGAUUGAAAUGGACCGUCUACCGCCGCGCUGGCUCGACGUGCAGGACCAAGUCAACGAAUGGCUGGAGAAUAUUACCAAGCAGAUCAAGAAGUUGGACCAAUUAUGCCAGAAGCACGUGCUGCCAGGCUUCGACGAUGAGCAGGUUAAGAGGAGGGAAGAGCGCGAGAUCGAGGCCAUGACCCAAGAGAUCACCAGAGGCUUCCAGACCUGUCAACGAGCUAUUCGUCGCAUCGACAACAUGGUCAAGGAGUCGCAGCAAACCGGAAGCCUAAGUCGAGGGGAGGAGACCAUGGCACAGAACCUCAAAGUUUCACUGGCUACGAAGGUGGGAGACAGCAGCGCAUUGUUCCGCAAGAAUCAGUCUGCAUAUCUCNNAAGAAAUCCCUACACUGAUCCUUCCCUCAUGGACUCCGAGAUCGAUCGCAGCUCGGCGCAAACUACUCUCUUACAAACCAAGCAAAAGCAACGCUCUGCCGGCUUACACGACUCGACCAUUGCUCAGCGAGAGCGCGAGAUUGAGGACAUCGCACAAGGCAUCAUCGACUUGUCCAAUAUCUUCCAGGAGUUGCAGACCAUGGUCAUUGACCAAGGCAGCAUGCUGGAUCGUAUCGAUUACAACGUCGAGAAUAUGACAACAGAAGUCAAACAGGCCGAGAAGGAAUUGAAGGUCGCUACAGGGCACAAGGAAAGACUGGCGAAGGCGGAAGCGAACACCCAUUGA